GAUUGUAGAAGGAGCUCGGUGGCUACAAAACAAAGAGAAAAUUAUUCUCUUCCUCUGCACCUUCUAGCUAUUUUUUUUGGGUCUUUGCUCUCUUUUGAAACCAAACAAGGGUCACCCAGAUCUCUGUGAACAAACAGGAGAUCACUCCAACAUCAGUAGAGUUAUAUAUUUCCUUGGGGUGUUGCUAAGCUCCAAGCUUAAGUUUUGGGCUUUUCCUGUCUUUUGGCAGGAGCUGAGAGAGUUUGCGGGUUUCUUGAAUAUUUCCAAACACUUUUUAUCUGCUUGUUUUUGCAGUGUCUCUCUCUGAGCCAAAAGAUCUUGCUGUGUUUUGGUGAUAUUAGAAUAUGCAAAUGAUGUCUGGUGAUCCUUUUUGCCUACCAACCUUAGGAGGCGUUUUCGAUGAAGCUCACAACCCAAACCCUAACCCUAAUAAACCUGCCACCAACCAUGGAGCCAAGAAGAAGAGAAAUUUGCCAGGAACACCAGAUCCAGAUGCAGAGGUCAUCGCACUAUCGCCAAAGACGCUCAUGGCGACUAACAGGUUCGUCUGCGAGAUAUGCAACAAGGGCUUCCAAAGGGACCAGAAUCUGCAGCUCCACCGGAGAGGCCACAACCUGCCGUGGAAGCUCCGGCAGAGGAGCAACAAGGAGGUCGUCAAGAAGAAGGUGUAUAUAUGCCCUGAGAAGACGUGCGUGCACCACGACCCAUCGAGGGCACUUGGCGACCUCACCGGGAUCAAGAAGCACUUCAGCCGGAAGCAUGGCGAGAAGAAGUGGAAGUGUGAGAAGUGCUCGAAGAAGUAUGCAGUCCAGUCAGAUUGGAAGGCCCACUCCAAGACCUGCGGGACUCGAGAGUACAAGUGCGAUUGUGGAACCCUCUUUUCCAGGAAAGACAGUUUCAUCACCCACAGGGCUUUCUGUGACGCCUUAGCCGAAGAGAGUGCAAGAUUCUCUUCAGUUUCAUCCACAAAUCUGAGCUUCACGAACAACACCGUAAACGAGACGACCAUCAGUGCUCACUCUAACUUACCACCGCAUGGGUUCGGUAACAACCGAGGAGUUCAAGAUAUCGCCGGAGUUUCUCUCACUGCACUUCAGCAGAAAUCAAGAAUGUCUCAGUGGAUCAACCCGGCGAAUCCCCUGCUGAACCCCAGCGACAUCUUAUCGAGUAAUCCCAAUCUCACAUGUCUGAGUGAGAUGGUGCAAAUUGGAAAUGCGAGCGGUAAUAACCUCUUCGGCUCAUCUCCCAUGGCCAACUUCGGAAGCAACAAGCAAUUCUCGGCUUUCGAAAAGACCAACUUGACCCUAUCGGCGUUUCGGCAAGGACUGAAAGAUCAAGCUGGGAGCAACAAAGGGAACUUAUUUGGGGCGCCGCCAUCGCUUUACUCCGAUUCCCAGACAAAACCCUCAGCUGCCCUUAUGUCCGCCACAGCACUCCUACAGAAGGCGGCCCAAAUGGGGUCCACUCGGAGCAACCCGGGGUCACUCUUCAACGAGAGUUUUGGCGUGAUGAACUCGUCGUCCUCGUCGAACACAACCGCGUUCAACGUCCUUGGCCAGAGCCGAAACGACCUGUCAUCUCAGUUCAUCAACCAGAGCAUGAUAAGUAAGCAGCAGGAGAGUUUCGGCGCAUCGGUCGGUGGGAUGAAUAAUCUGAGCGACUCCAUUUCCAAUUUGAGCCCGUCGAUGACGAGGUCGACAACAACCACCACAACGAAAAGCUUAGAGCUCAACACGACGAGGGAUUUUCUCGGGAUGAGCGGAGGCGCGGGCGGUCCUCCGUUCUCGCCGCAAGAGCUCGCCAAGUUCGCGUCGAUGAGCUCGGCCAUGGGCUUUAGCCAAUUCGUCGGGAACAACUGAAAGCACAUCACCGACCUUUGAUUUGGGAAGGGCCACACAGUCCAAUCCGGGUCGUGCCGAGGCAAGGCCGGCGGCCGUUCGACUACGAAAUUCAGAGGGUCGUGCAAAUUCAGAGGUCACAUACCCGAUCCGUCCAAUAAUAACGAGAAAAAAUAAUUUUUGAGAAAGAUAAUGGAGGGAGACAAGGAGAGCCCGUGAGUGGCCAGUGUAUGCGGGUGGGGGCCCAGUGCAUGUCUGAACUGACGACGAGUGUUUCUCUCUCCCGACCUUUUUCUCGUUGCAUGUUCUCGUUUGUUUUAUGUGAUGUCUUCAACUCCUUUUAGCCCUUUC